AUGAAGGUUCUGAAUUUCCGAUCGAUUUGUAAACAGAGGGAAAUGGAAUCGAAAGAUCAUUUGAACAAGUUCGAAGUCGGCUCAGUUCCGACGUUGUACUACAUACCCGACUUCAUCUCCGAUUCCGAUCAAAAACUACUCCUAAAUCAGGAGGGAUUGUCCAUGAAAAAGGUCCUUUGCCUCAAGAGUCCCCACCAAGAUGGGUCCGCAUAUUUUCCGGUGGUGGCUAUUCUUUCAUUAGGAUCACCUGUUAUCAUGGACUUCACUCCUCAUUCAACUUUAGCAGACACUACAAGUAACAUUCAAGAAACCAGUCAUGGGAAUUUACAAAACUACCCUCCUUUCUCUAUUGCACUGAUGCCACGCAGUUUAUUGGUAUUCAAAGAUACAACAUACUCAGGUGAUGGGUGUACUUGGAUACCAGUUAUAGAGAAUUUUACAGUUCACCAUGAUUUAAAGAAUUUUAAUGGGUUUCAAAAAAAGAAUAUCUCAAUUACAAAAAAUAGACGGUGGUUAAAGUUCAAAUUCCUCAUUUACUGUCUUUCACAAGGUGACUCAGAUGGAGCUUACCAGGGUGUUAUAAGGCUAUUUUUGUCAAAUGAAGAUGAAAUACAUCUAACGAUGCAAGGUAAUGGAAUUCCUUAGCCAUGUCAACAGUAGACUGAAACAACAACAAAUUAGUAGGUUUUCCUUUGGAAGUGUUAAUGAGGUUGUUGCUUCAGCAGCAAU